AUGCCUUCCCCUUGCGCUGCCCACUUGGAUAAGAUUCGCGGCGCAGGAUUCUCCGCUCUCAAAGUCACGAACGAGCUGAAGGAUCAGCUGCGGGCUAAGGACGACGAAAUAAUGAAGCUUCGAAAGGAUGUCGUUCAUCUUCAAACCCAGCUCAUCAAGGCAGAAGAUCCUCAAUCGUCGCAAUCUUCGUCUUCAUCGAGCUCAGUCGGCACAUCGGUUGAGCAGCGCAUCACUGCGCUCGAAGAGGAGAAGGAGCUCAACAAGGACCUCAAAGAUCAGCUCAGCAUGGCCGUGGAUGACUUCGAGGGUCUUGAGUACGAGGUUGAUCAGUUGAGGCAGCAACAGGAGGAGUUCGACUACAAAGUUGACGGCCUGCGCCAGACAUAUGACUUGCGCGUACCCGAGCUGGUGCGCAAGGUGGGUGAACUCGCCGGCAACUUGAAGAAGGCGCUUCAAAGAAUCGAAAGGCUGGAAGAGCCGAGCACGCCGGAUGAAUUCAGUGUCAACGGCAGCAGCAGUGGGAGCAACGACAACCCGAGUCAUCCGGGAAAUGGCGCGAGCUCGACACCGACAACCUCAGCGCAGGACAAGGACAGCGCCGCUGAGUUGCAGGACAACCCAGCACCCUUACUCAGGGGAUUGGAGACGACUGCACCACCGAAAGAGACCAGCGACAAUCUGAAACACUCGCUCGAUGAGACAAAGGAUGGGAAGAAUGCGCAAACGACGGGAUCAGGGACGUUGGAGCCCGCGAACAAACGUCGGAAGGAGGGAGGUUGA